AUGGCCCGCAAUACGCCGUUGGCAGUGCUUUCUUGUCUCAUAUUCCUUAACUGCUUGAAACCAUUGAUAAGCUGGCCGGCAAACGACAACGACGCUUCUGACAUGUCGCAGCCCGACUUCGAUCAGUAUCUCGGCGAUUAUCUCAAGCCCGGGGAUACUGUGGCGCUUCUGCUGGACUACGAUGGUACACUGGCUGAGCUAACGUCCCAUCCGAACCUCACGCAGAUGAGUGAUGAGAUGCGUGAGAGUCUGCGCAACAUUGCAAACAGUGGCAAAGCGUUUGUAUCGGUCAUAUCUGGGCGCGACGUGGACGGGGUGAAGGAAAAGAUCGGGAUAAACAACAUCAUCUACUCGGGCAAUCAUGGUUUGGAGGUGCUGUAUCCGAAUGGAACCCGCCACAACCAAGGCAUACCGAAAGAUGUGGCGGAUAAUUUCGACAAAAUGAUUGAUCAUCUGAAUCGGGAGGUGGUUCAUCAUGGAUCGUGGGUUGAGAAUAAGCGUGUAUCGAUAACGUUCCACUUCCGCGAAGCUGAACAGAAGUACAUACCGGAAAUGGCCACACGCGCCAAAGAGAUCAUUGAAUCGUACGGUUAUCGAGCGAAUCCGGCUCAUGCAUCGGUCGAAGGCAAACCUCCGAUCCAGUGGAAUAAAGGUCUGGCGGCGGAAUAUAUCCUGGGCAGCAGCUUCGAUCCUAGUUGGCGCACACGCAAGGUACUGUUUGCCGGGGAUGAUACCACCGACGAGGACGUGAUGAAGAUGAUCAAGGGCACGGGAAGGUCAUUCCGGGUAACGAAAGAUAAGGACUUGGUGACGAAUGCGGACUAUAAAAUACCUUCCGUCGAUUCGGUUUAUCACCUGCUAAAGUGGAUCGAAUCAAGAGUUGUUUAG